AUGAAGAGGUUUCACCGAACCGAUUAUCUAAAGUCUCGAGGAAUUGAAAAAGUGAUCGAUCAUUUUGGCAAAGGUGAGCUUUCCUCCCCUCUCCCUCAAAUCAGCGCUUGCAUAUUCUCUCAUAUCAUAUGCAAACGAAUAACAUCCCGCUUUUUUAUCCUUUCAAACAGUAAAUCACUUGCAACAAACACAGACUUAGUGAAGUUGGAAACACUUCAACCACAUAAUGUGUAA